UCUCCACCAGUCGCUUGUUUUCCCGCUGGGUUUGCGCUGCGGCUGCGUGUUUUUUGUUUGAUUCGCGUGGUGUCGUUUUGUUGCCGCUUCACGCUCUUCUGGCACCUGCGGGAGGCUGCGCGUUGAAACGCCGUGAAGCAAAAAAAACACUUACGAUUAACUACUUAAUAAUUUCUCUCGAUAAGAAAAAAUGUAUUCUUUCCGUGCCCACAGGGGUCUGCGAAUAGUUGGCUGGAGAGAGGACUUCAUGUAUGAAUGGUUCAAAGUAGACAAGAUUGUGCGCUCAGCAAACAGUAACGCCCAGAACGUGAAACACGGUAAAAAAGUAAAGAACAAAACUGAAAAAUCCAGUACAGAGAAACUAACAGAUGAGGAGGACACUUCUCCAUCCUGGAAUCACAGUGUCCUUGGAUUCUCCGAGACAGGAGUUGCCCACGAUGGCUUUCCUAAAGUGGAAGGCCGCGACGGCAAACCUGCUCCACAGUUCCCUGUAAAGCCUCUUUUCAGUGGUCUGCCAGCAUCUGAAAGCUCAAGCAACAAUGAGAGUGAGAGGGAGAUGGACACAGGAUCCUCCUCCAUGGCUUUCGAUGCUGUCUUCUCCUCCAGCAGCAGCAGUCCUCUGGAGACUGAGCAGGCAACCAAAGCCAACCUUGAGAAUAUGUCCAGCACAGAGAGAAUAGCCUUCCUGCAGGAGAAGCUCAAGGACAUCCGCAGUCACUACCUCUCACUGAAGUCUGAGGUGGCCUCCAUUGACCGCAGGAGGAAACUCAUGAAAAAGAAAAGAGGGGGUAGAAGGCUAAUUCAUAAAAUUAAUAAAAAACAGAGAGACUAGUUUCUGCUUACAUGCACUUAGAUUAUGAAAUAUUUUCCAUGACAGAUUAGAC